AUGUCACUGGCCACGCCAUUGACAACCACGCGACGCAGCGGCCAUGGAGAUGAAGACGACGGGGCCAAUGUGCUGAAGAGCGUCCGGCAGUAUUGGGAGCAGCUCAGUGUAAAUGAGCGUCAGCAGAUAUUGUUUUUGGACGAGCCGGAGCUCGUGAAGCAGCUGUACAAGCUCAACUUGAGCUUGUUGUGUGUCGGGCUGAUGCAGCGCCACCUCAAGACAACGAACCGAACAGCUACAGAUACGUCGGCCGCCAACAAGAAAGCGGCUGCAACGAGGACAUACGAGCUGCUGGAAGCGAUGGAGUUUAUGGAUAUAGGAACAGGCAUUCUGACGGUGAAGACGGAGCUGGCCGAAGACACAGAUCGACUCUUCACGCUGGUGGGGGAAGUGCUGGCAGGCUUCUUAACGUCGAUCCAUGUACUCACAGAGAGUAACUUCAACAAACUGUUCGUGACCGAAAGCGAAACCAUCAAUACGUGGACAAACUAUCAACGCCUGAUUGGGAUGCUAGUGGAGCAGCUAAUCCUACGAAGCUAUGUCAGCUACUUGGAGAAAGAGGCAGCUCAACAAAUGGAGCAGCUACUGCUGGAGUCCACGUCAGCCUCUCUAGACAGUGAUUGUCAGUCAAAUUCGUCGACUGCACCGCUCGACGAGCCUGCACUGGACGCAGACGAAGAAGUACCCGCUUCAGAAGCAGAGCCCCCCUCGAAGAAGUUGUCUGGAUUAAACCCCAACGCGCUGGUGUUUCAACCUCAAGAAUCAUUCGCAUCAGCCGAAGACUUCACCACGCGAACGGCUUUUGCUGGCAAGAGGAAGUUUGACGAGUACGUUAUCAGCGUCCCGUUGGAAGAUGUCAUCAGUGACACCAGCAUCGCCUUUGACAGCAGAAGCGUCGGUGGGGAUUCCGACGACGAAGAAGUAGUCGAGAGUGUGCACGAUCGUGAACGUCGUCGGUGGAGAAAACAGCGCCGCCGUGAAGAAGACGCCAAGCUCGAAUGGCAGCUACAACAGGUCUAUGCGUCCACGUCGUCGCUCUUUGGCUGGGACUUCACGAGGCAACGCGAGCUACCAGACCCCGCGGUCAAUCUUCCCUGGAGCGAGUCCACGUUAUGGAGAACAGCACCGAAAGAAGUGGUGCGGUACUUUUCACCGGGCAAUGGCGACGCGUACUCAAGGUUCCAAGCUCCGCACUUCUUGCCAGCACCUUCAGGGCCCCCGCCGUCGCGGUACUACUUCAACCCAGGGCCGCCGAUGCCAUUUGGGCCGCCGUUGCUGCCUCCUCCGAGCAUGGAGCCGAUGCCACCGCAUCUGCAAGGCGCGUUCAGCUUCCAGCCACCAGAAUUCCCCACGGUCGUCUCAUCACCAGACUUCUCCAAUGCGCAGUACCACCCCAGCAACCACGAGGACCAGGUGGACGUCUGA